CGAUGGCUUAUCAAUAUCUUCCACUAUCGGUCUGACCGGAAGCAAUUAAAAUUAAAUCAGGCUUGUAGUUAUAGUUACAUAGCAAGCAAGGGUUAAACUAAGAUUUAGAUUAAGAUUUACAGAGUCCUAAAUCGAGUUAAAGUAUUGGAGUGAGAGUUAUAAUAAAAUGAGAACUAACAAUUUUAGAUCUUUUUACAGUGCAAUAACAACUAUUAACUAACCUCAGGUAAUCAUGCCACCCAAAAAAGCACCACCCAUCAAAAUAACGAAAGAUUAUACGUUCUUCUACACUGCACAAACUCCUUUUAGUCAAUUCUACAAGUGCGAGUUUACCGAAGAAGGUACAACUUUUUGCUGUGCUGAGCAAUACAUGAUGUAUCGUAAAGCAAAACUUUUUGAUGAUUUGGAAAUUGCCAAUCUCAUUCUGGAAGAAACCCUUCCAAGCAAAAUAAAAGCUUUGGGUAGAAGAGUUGAAGGGUUCUCAGAUGAAGUUUGGAUUGGACAAAGAGAGAUCAUUGCGAAACAAGGCAACCUCUUAAAGUUUGGUCAAAAUGCUGAUUUAAAAGAACGUUUGCUUGAGACUGGAACUACAUCGUUAGUUGAAGCAUCAGGUGGAGAUGUGAUUUGGGGUAUAGGAUUAUCAAUUAAGAAUCCUGCCAUUGAUAAUAAGAAAAAUUGGAAAGGAUUGAAUUUAUUGGGUAAAAUUUUGACUCAAGUCAGGGAUGAAUUUAAAACUAAAGUUUAAACAAUUCAUUUUUCUUGUGAAGUCAACAUGCAUGUUAGACGUGUAAGGCACUUGUUAAACAUAGAAGUAAGGCUGGUUACAAUAUUUUAAAUCUGAAACAAAUUAAUAAAACAAGGAAAUUGGAUAAAAACCCCUUAAAUGGGGGAAAGGAAUGAAAGAUUGACUGCUCUUGGCUUGCAGUUGUAAUGUAUAUAAUUGUGGUGUAAGUCUCGAAGGUAAUUUAACUCAUAUAUAAGAUGUUAUUUUUCAUAGUUUACUAGAGUUUGUUAUACUUUAGCCUUUAUUGAUUUUAGUUUUCUGAUUUGAGUUUUACAUUUUUAUUUAGAAUUGUUGUGUAGAAUUGUUGUUGUUAUUA